AGAGCCGACGACAGCAACAGGAUGCAGCAACAAGAGAAACGUCGCGAGCUGCGCUUAAAACGAUUCUGGCGCACCACAACCAAACCGCCAACCUCCUCCGAGGAGUCCGGCGGCUGCGAAAGUCCUACAAAACUAGGACGAAAGGCCUUCCAGCAGCCACCGGGCGGCAUGAGGGCCUCGACCAGCACCAGCAGCAGCGAUAGUCCGCCGAAGCUGCCGGCCUGCUCGCUGCCACUCCUGCAGGUGUGGCCAAGCCAAGACUCACCGCGCGGUGAAGCCGAUGGCCAAAGUUUCGUCUUUCCCAUCGUGGCGGACGAUCAGGUAACGACCGCGUAUCAGGUGCCGGGAAGAACGUCCGUAAAAACGUCCCCACUUUCCGUUUCAGCAACAAAGAACGAUCGACGGAACUCGCUGUUUGUCGAUCACCUGCAGGCGGGCGACAGUGGGAUCGAUUCCGUGCAGGCGUCGCCUUCUCCGAUCGCGAUGCCGUGCCACCCGCUGGUCGUGUCGAACGCCAUCUCACCAAGUGCAUCGCCUACGGCCGGCUCACCGACACCCUCGGUGGACCGGGCCACCAGACGCCCGUCGACCUCGUUGCUGCACCCGGACCACGCGCGGAUCUUCGCGCUACGUGCCCCCACAUCGCCGGACCAAAGCUCGCUGGAGGACAACACGGAGUUCAACGGGCCCACCACCAGCAACCAACUCUGCACGGCCAGCUCCAGCACCACGUCGUCCCUGACUUCCGUAGCGGUAGCUAACCUGGGACAACAUCCACAAAGGUACUUGCGCCGCUCAUGUCAAAGGAAGCAUCAGAAUGUGUGUUACUGCUUCGCUUCACUCCACAGAUCCUCCGACCCGUGGCUGCGACCGGAGCGUGACAAAGACAAUCCCGAUCUGGACCAACGGCGAGGCUCGACGAUGACGGCCCGGCUGUCACUGUUCGAUGCGCUCGAUCUGGAGUACGCGCUGCUGCGGGCAGCGGCCCGCGGUUCCGUGGGCCCCUACUCACUGAGUGAGUCGCUACACAAGUUGACCUUCACCCAAUCGCUCGCGUUUCCGGCGUUGGCCCGUGGGCUGGCCACCAAGCGGCGCAACUCGGCCGAGCAGAGCUCGUCCCGGCCGCUCAACCCGAACGAAUCGGGCCUGAACACGUUCGCGAAGGUCGUGACCGCGUGUGUCCUAGUGAUGGUUAGCUUUCUGGUGUUUCUGGUGGUGUACAAGUACGUACGGACGUGA